AUGUCUGACUCCUCAGACUCUGAGCGAGACUUCUGUAUCCGGAUCCCAGCACUGCCACCCAGCACCAUGAGGACUUUCAAGAUACAGCAGUGGGACAUGGACAGACAUGAUUUCCUGGAAGCUGCUCCUGGUUUGGGAAUGUUUGUGACCAUCACAUCUUACCAUGAGGAGGUAUUAUUAUCAAAGUUAUUUGGCCCACAAGGAACAUUCUAUUUUACUUCACAUUUGCCUGGAGAACAUGUCAUUUGCUUAGAAUCUAAUUCUACAAGGCUUAUAUCAUUUGGUGGGAGUCGACUGCGUAUCCACUUAGAUAUUCGAAUUGGAGAACAUGACCUUGAUACAGCAAUUGCUCAGGCAAAGGACAAAGUUAAUGAAGUUACUUUCAAGCUUGAACAUCUAAUUGAACAAAUUGAGCAAAUACUUAAAGAACAAAACUAUCAAAGGGACAGAGAAGAAAAUUUUCGAAUGAUCAGCGAAGACACAAAUAGCAAUGUUUUAUGGUGGGCUUUAGCACAAACUUUAAUCUUUAUUUCAGUUGGAAUUUUCCAAAUGAAAUACCUUAAAGACUUCUUUAUAGCCAAAAAAGUUGUUUAAAAUAUUAUCAUUAAAGACAAAUAAUUUUCAUGUUUGAAUAAACCAAAAUGCA